AUGGUUGACGGGGCGAGUGCGACACACCACGAGAGCCCUGCUGAUACGUGUCUGGGUCGGUGGAUGCGGUCUUCGGUGGGUGCGUGUCCGCGCAGCCGGCACCGUGUGCGGAGCAGGGCCAUUGCGGCUGUGCGUGUGGCGCUUCUUUUGGUGUUGGCGCUGGCUGCUGCUGCGGCGUGGAUGCCCGCGGUGCAUGCGGUGGUGUUGCGACUGCGGGGCGGCACGGUGGACAGAGCCAUCACGGUUGGCCGCGCCGUGGACACGGCGCUGAUGGACGGCGUGUACAUCACGAACGGCGUGGCUGUGGUGUUCGACGUGGCGGCGAUGCUCCCCGGUGCGCUGCGCAUCGAAUUGAGGAACUGCGUGUGCGAUGGCGGUGCGCAGCUCUACGUGCGGGGCUACAGCGGUGAGCCGGCGAGUGACCGGAGCCUGGAGGUGAGCGUGAGCGGGCUGUCCGGCGGCUACUGCUCGCUCGUGUUUGUGCACAACCUGCCGGCACACACGAACGUGACGGUCCGCGACUCGACGAUUGUGACGCCGGGGCCGAUGCACUACUCGCAGCUGAGUGGGCUGACGGACGCGGUGGCGUCGCCGCUUGUGCUGUACGCGACGUCGCUGUUGCAGACGCAGCUGCGUGUGAGCAACACUGUGCUGAGGUCGUCGCACGUGGGCGGGUCGGCGGUGUACGUUGGCGGCGGUGUGGACCUGCUGUCGAGCGCGGUGGUGCUUGACGGCGUGUCGCUGGUGACGUCGGGCGGUCCGACCGCGUCCGCGAUGCAUGUGGCGUCCUCGUCGCGUCUCAGUCUGCAGAGCCACUCGGUGUUCUCCGUGACAAACGUGUCGGUUGUGAGCAGCGGCGGUGGCAUUGUGCUCAGCGAGCGCCUCGCGGUGCUUGAUUCGGUGCUGCGCUUCGUUGGCGUCGAGGGGUCUGUUGCGUCGUCGCUGGUGCGCUGCGACGGUGGGACGGUCGGUGGCGGCGGGUGGCUGGACAUGCACGACGUGUGGGCGGUGGGCGAGGCGUCGUCGGUGGCGUCGCUGUCGGGGGUGACGCUCAGCGGCGGCACCGUGUCGAUUGCGCGCUGCGCUGCCGCCGGCGCGACGCUUGUCUCCGGGCUGACGAUCACGAGCGGCGUCGUGUCGGUGCAGUGCAACCGUGCUGGCGGCCGGGUGCUGCGGAGCAGCGGCGACUAUCGCAUGGCCGGCCUGCCCUCCGUGAGCGUGGUGCCGUGCGACGGCUGUGCGGCAGCGCUGGCGUGCUUUGAUGCACUGACUGCGUCGUUCACCGACUGCGUGUGCAGCUGCCGUGCCGGCGGUGUGGGCGAGGCGUGCCUGCCGUUCGACGUGCCGCCUGCGAGGGCCGGUGGUGGCGGUGCGCAGGGCUGCGUGAGUGGCGUGACGCUGACGGAGUCCGUGACGGUUGGCGGUGGGCGGGCGACGACGUGCUUCGACUCGGUGGUGUUCAGCGGGCCGAUCACUGUGACGGUGGACCUGCGUUUGAUGGAUGCGUUCGCUGACGCGCUGAACGUGACGCUGCGCCACUGCGUGCUUGCGGGCGGUGCGCAGCUGCGGAUUGGCGGCCUCAGCGAGAUCACGGCGCACCCGAUGCCCCACGCUUUCGUCAACAUGACGAACGUGACGUCGGUGGAGGGCACGAUCGUGCUGCAUGGCGCGAUGCCGCUGCACUCGAGAGUGCUGCUGGCGAACUCAACGCUGCGCGCGACGGUUGGCGGGUCGCAGUACGUGCCGACGACCCCUGGCCACGCGGGAUCCCGGCACGGCCCCGCGCUAGUCCUGGACGGCGUCCGGCUUCUGUCGACGCGGUUUGUCAUGACGCGGUCGACGCUGGCGUGUGGCGGGGAAUUGUGCGCUGCGAUCCUCGUGGAGCGCGGCCUUGGCGUGAACCUGUCCAGCGUCUUCUACCUGGACAACUGCGCUGUCAGGUCGCAGAUGCACGUGAUGUACGCUCUUGCGUCGGAUUUGCGUGUGAGCGGCGGCUCUGUUUUCUCCAUACGGGACAGCUUGUGGAGUGCGCCGAGCAUUAACAUGUACGAAGCUGCUUGUGUGUUCAGGGAUGUUGUUGUGGCUGGCGGCAGCGUGCUGCAGAUUGUGUCCAGCACUUUCCGUCUUGGCUUUGCCAUGCUCAUGGCAACCACGCUGACCGUGACUGACGGCAGCUGGCUGGUGCACCGCAACAACGAGUUCCGCACCGCCUACGUCGUGUACGUGACCAACUACUACGGCGUUGCGUUUUGUGAUCAGAGUGUGUGGUCGAUACUUUACAACAAGUUCACGUACGGCUCGUACUCGUCUACCAUUGCAUGUGUGACGAGCAAGUGGCCACCACCAUCCGACACGCGCCCGACCAUCUACGGCGUGUGCAACGAGGCAAUAGGCUCACCUGUGACGGAUUACCAAGAAGAGCUUAAUAUUGGGACGCCCGUGACGGUGUUGGACUGUGGUGCGUGCACGGUGGACGCCGUGUGCUUUGCAGCGAGGACGAGCAGCAUCAGCGGCUGUGAGUGCGUGUGCGCUGCUGGCGGCUACGGUGAAACGUGUCUGCCAGCUGCGGUUCCGGACGGUCUUGGGCCGCUCCCGCUCCCCGAUGCGAAGGACACGGAGGUCCGCUGCGUGCACGGUGACAGCAUCGACUCUUUGGACUAUCCUGGUCCCGGUGUGCGUGGUCUGUGCCUUGUCAACGUGACCUUCACCUCCCCGAUGUUGCUGGACCUGUCGUAUUUCGACGCACCACAACAGACACUCAACAUCACGCUGCUGCAGUGCGUCCUCAUGGGCCUGUUGAUCAGGGGGAGUGGUGCGCGCGUGCACGUGAGCGUGACAUCCUCGAUGCUGGAUUCUGGUGCAUUGGUGUUUGAGGGCGAUUUUGGCGUGAGCUCCCAGAUACUGGUGGUGGGCAGUGUGCUUGUGACGAUGUCGUCUUACGCCAUUUUAUUUGUGAAGUUUUUUCUUGGUGUGAACUCGACGCUGCUGCUGCUUGACAACAACUUGGAGGGGAGUAAUUGCGCGUUGUAUAUUUCCAAUGCUGCUGUUGAUGGUGGCGGGGUCAUUGUGAAGGGAAAUACGCUGAGGGCAACGGAGGACGAUGACGGUGUGGAAUCAUCUGUUUGCGUUAAUGCUAUUGAUGUGAGGAACGGCGGCUACUUUGACGUUGAAAACACCACGAUGAGCGCGGUCAAUGGCUUUUAUUUUCACGGGGAAACCACCGUGGGCACCGCGGGGCUGCUGCGAGUGGCGGACUGCACCUUUGUUGAAAGCACAGAGGAGUUUGAAUCUGCGCUGGUGUAUUUUGACGGCUCGGUGACACUCGAGGGUGGUGCGCAGUGGCGUGUGGAGGGCAACAGCGCGAGUGCGUUCUCAAUACUAAGUAUAGCAAAUGCCGAGCUCAACAUUCAGCUGUCAGAGAGCGGCACUACUGUGGCGCUUGCACACAACCGUCAGGUGGACUCGAGUGUUUCCUUCGCCAAAUUUCUCCCAUCGAGCAUUGUCGUGACGUUACCCGCGCGGUUUGUGGUGGGGUGCAACCUGCAGGGCGGUGAGGAGGUGUCGUACGACGGUAUGUUUCCGGAGGAGGUGGAGGUGUUCAGGUGUGGCACAUGCAACGACGACGCGGCGUGCUACAUGCCCGGGACGGAGUCGGUGGACCGCAGCUCGUGCUCGUGCAGCUGCAAGGACGGAUGGCAUGGCGCGUCGUGUCUUCCCUUCGAGGUGCCCGACACGGUUGUGCCGCCCGUGGCGGAGAGAGCCGUCGACGGCGACACGAGCUGCGUGGUGGAACAGACGCUGACGAACGUUACGCUGAACAUGUGGAAGACGCACCACUGCUACGUGGGUGUGACAUUCAGCGGCGUGGGUGCCACGCUGACGUUUUCCUUCGACAGUAUGCCGCUGCAUCUCCCCAUCAACAUCACGCUCACUGGGUGCACAUUCCGUGGGGGUGCCGCGCUGCAGUUUGUUGGUGGUGCUGAGGCGGCCGAGUCAGCCGGCGUCCUCGUCCGCGUGAGCCAGACUGUAAUGCGGUCUUCCGUUGUUUUGUUUGCAGCUGCCCUUCCGCAGCACUGCGACAUUGCCGUCACGGAGGUUGACGCGGUGCAGUCCUCCGAGGUCCAGCUGCUUGACACUAGGAGGAACAAGUUCGGCGUAUUUUUACUGAUGAACGUCGUGUUGAGUGCUUCCUCUUUGUUGGUCAGCAACGUCAGGGCGCGUGCAACGAUGUACGGUGGGUAUGGUUUGUACUCGA